UUCAUGUUUGUUGACUGCGUGCUCGUUGUGCCAUGGCGCCCGCUGACGAAGGCGGGGCCGUCGUAGCAUGAGGUUUUAGUUCGUUUUGGUGAAACAUAUUCACUGCGCAGUGCUAUUUGUGUUUUGAAUUAUUUACGGUUCUCUGUGAAGCGGCCAUGACCGUGGAACAGAAUGUCAUCCAGCAGCAUUCUCAGAAGCACCAGCAGACUUUGCUAAACCAAUUGAGGGAAGUCACUGGAACUACAGACCUUCAGUUGCUCCAGCAGGCCCUACAGGCGAGCAAUGGCGACUUGGCAGAGGCUGUGGCUUUUCUGACAGAGAAGAAUGCAAAGGUUCCUCAGAAAGAUGAAACAACAUAUUACCAGACUUCCCAAGUGCCCAAUGACAGAUAUAUCAGUGUGGGCAGUCAGGCAGACACAAGUGUGAUUGACCUGACUGGGGACGAUAAAGAUGACCUGCAGAGAGCUAUUGCCCUCAGCCUGGAGGAGUCCAACCGGGCAUUCAGGGAGACAGGCAUCACUGAUGAGGAGCAAGCCAUCAGCAGAGUUUUGGAGGCCAGCAUAGCUGAGAAUAAGGCGAGUCUGAAACGGACUCACACAGAAGUAUGGAGCGAUUCACCAAACCCUCACGACAGGAAGAGGAUAGACAACUCUCCUGUGGGGCUGAAAAAUGUUGGCAAUACCUGUUGGUUCAGUGCUGUCAUCCAGUCUCUGUUCAACUUGCUGGAGUUCCAGAGGCUGGUGCUCAAUUACUCUCCACCAGCCAGAGUCCAGGACCUGCCUCGCAAUCAGAAGGAACACAGGAACCUGCCAUUCAUGCAGGAGCUGAGGAACCUUUUCUCCCUCAUGGUAGGGUCCAAGAGGAAGUAUGUGGAUCCAUCAAAAGCUGUAGAAAUUCUCAAAGAUGCCUUCAAGUCCAGUGAAUCACAGCAGCAGGACGUCAGUGAGUUCACGCACAAGUUGCUGGACUGGUUGGAGGACGCCUUCCAGAUGAAGGCCGAGGAGGACAGGCAAGGAGAGAAGCCAAAGAACCCCAUGGUGGAGCUCUUCUAUGGACGCUUUCUUGCUGUCGGUGUCUUGGAAGGUGAGAAAUUUGAAAACACAGAGAUGUUUGGCCAGUACCCCCUGCAGGUUAAUGGCUUCAAGGAUCUCCAUGAGUGUCUUGAGGCAGCAAUGAUAGAAGGCGAGAUCGAGUCCCUGCACUCAGCGGAGAACUCUGCAAAGUCUGGACAAGAGCACUGGUUCACUGAACUCCCUCCUGUGUUGACCUUUGAACUGUCAAGAUUUGAGUUUAACCAAGCGCUCGGCCGACCUGAGAAGAUUCAUAACAAGCUUGAGUUCCCCUCCAUGCUCUACAUGGACAGGUACAUGGACCGGAACAGGGAUGUAACCCGGAUCAAGAGGGAGGAGAUCAGGAGGCUGAAAGAACAUUUAACGCUGCUACAACAAAGACUGGAGAGGUACCUCAGUUAUGGCUCAGGCCCCAAGAGGUUUCCUCUGGCUGAUGUCCUCCAGUACGCCAUGGAGUUUGCUUCAAGUAAACCAGUGUGCACAUCCCCAGUGGAAGACAUCGACUCAUCGACACCCCCUGGUGGCACCACGGGGACACAGCUGCCACCACCACCAAGCACAGCUGAACAGGAUUCCUCAGCUUACCCAGAGAACUCAUCCCUGGCCCCAGGUCCAACCGCAGCGCCCUCUGCUGCCCAGCAGCAGAGACUCCCCAUUCAUAAGCCCUUCACACAGUCUCGGUUACCUCCUGACCUCCCCAUGCACCCGGCCCCACGGCACAUCACUGAAGAGGAGCUGAGGGUCCUUGAAGGCUGCUUGCAUCGCUGGAGGAGUGAAGUGGAGAAUGACACUCGUGACCUACAGGGAAGUAUAACCAGAAUCCACAGAACCAUUGAAGUCAUGUACUCUGACAAGUCAAUGAUGCAGGUUCCAUACAGACUUCAUGCUGUGCUGGUCCAUGAAGGUCAAGCAAAUGCAGGCCACUACUGGGCUUACAUCUAUGACCCACAUCAACGUUGCUGGAUGAAGUACAAUGACAUUUCUGUCACAAAGUCCUCCUGGGAGGAGCUGGUCAGGGACUCAUUCGGAGGCUACCGCAACGCCAGUGCCUACUGUCUCAUGUAUAUUAACGACAAGAAGCCUUUUCUUGUAGAAGAAGAGUUUGACAAAGAAACUGGGCAAAUACUCAGUGGCUUGGACAAACUGCCUCCAGACCUGAAACAGUAUGUGAAGGAUGACAACCAGCUCUUUGAGAAGGAGAUAGAGGAGUGGGAUGUUCUGCAGGCCCAAAAGGCCCAGCAGGAGAAGCUGGCUCUCACAACAGCUGCCGCCGCCGCGCCCGCUUCUGCGGCAUCCAGCAACUCCACUUCCUCCUCUUCCCCUCAGCCGAUGAGUAUCGAGUCCAGUCCUCCUGGCAACGCAGUCCCACAGCAUGACCCAGAGUACAUGGAGCAGCCCUCGCCCACAAAUGACUCCAAGCACCUCCAGGAGGACACCGAGAGAGCAAUCUCUAAGGCUGCAGCUGAGCAAGAGGAGAGAAGCCCUGAAGCUUUACUAACCGCUUCUCUUCACACACCCACCUCUCCCCCGCCGGAGGUCCAGGUGAGCCCCCCCUCCACCUCUCCUCCUGACCUGGUCAGGGAGGAGGUGUCCGCAGGCCGGCGUACUGUAGAGGUGGCCAUUCCUCACGUGGGAACGUUUGUCAUUAAGUCAGAGGAGGGGGGAUAUGAUGACGAGGCGAUGAUGACCCCGAGCAUGCAGGGUAUAAUUAUGGCCAUUGACAAAUCCAGCAGCGUUUAUGAAAAGAGCGGGCCCGAGGCAGCAUUUUUUAAGGCCAUCAAGUUGGAAUAUGCUCGUCUUUUGAGAUUUGCCCAAGAGGGCAUGUCUCCGGAGAACGACUACCGGCUCCAACACAUCAUCGUCUACUUCAUCCAGAACCAGGCCCCCAAGAAAAUCCUGGAGAGGACUCUGCUCACACAGUUCGCUGACAGGAACCUGGCCUUCGAUGAGAGAUGUAAGAGCAUUAUGAAUGUUGCACGUGCCAAACUGGACCUGAUUAAGCCAGAGGAGGUCAACAUGGAUGAAUACGAGAUGUGGCAUCAGGACUACAGGAAUUUUCGUGAGACGACUCUCAUCAUGACGACUGGAUUAGAGCUUUUCCAGAAGACAAACUACGUGGAGGCUCUGAUGUAUCUGAUUUACUCGUAUCAGUACAACAGGGAGCUUUUGACGAAAGGACUAUACAGAGGACACGAUGAAGAGCUUCUUGGUCACUACCGUCGAGAGUGUUUGCUGAAACUAAAUGAACAAGCUGCUGCCAUGUUUGAAUCUGGAGAAGAACCAGAAGUUACCACAGGACUGGGCAUCAUGAACGAGUUGGUGGUUCCCUGCAUCCCUCUACUGCUGGUCCACGACAAUGAGAGAGACCUGCUGGCUGUGGAGGACAUGAGGAACCGCUGGUGCUCCUACCUGGGCCAAGAGAUGGAAUCAAACCUGCAGGAGAAACUGACCGACUUUCUGCCCAAAUUACUGGACUGCUCGACGGAGAUCAAAAGCUUCCACGGUCCUCCCAAACUGCCUGCCUACUCCACCCUGGAGCUGUGCGAGCGAUUCAGCCGUGUCAUGGCCUCCCUCAGCAGAGCUGCGAGCACGUGCAGAUGAGCCGUGCACCGCCACUGCGCCUCCGGCCUCCUCCGGGCUUCAAUCAUGGACCUCGUCUUAACUCGC